UCACCAUUGGCAAUGAAAUUGCUGAAAUGUGGCACAAAUGGAAGCUUACUAAAUUUGUGGAUGUUUCACCUUUUUGGCAACAAUUAAUAAAUUACGUUCACUUCUUGAUUUUAGUCAUUGGGAUUAACCCCUCCAUGAUAACAAGAGGAGAAGAGGCAUUGCGGAUACAUCCACAAUUUGAUCAACUAAAAUGGAGCACUGAAUUAGAGAUUGAUCACAGCAUCAUAAUAUGGCAUCUUGCCACAAGUGUUUGCUACUUACAAGAGAAUAAUCAUGAUGAUGAAGCCAUGAAAAUUAGUAAACAUGUAUCAGAUUACAUGAUGUAUCUACUGGCCAUGUGUCCUGCCUUGCUAUUGUCCGAGCAUAGUAAGAGUUUUUGGCUUGAUCAUGCUUAUGACAACCUUAAAGAACUUUUGCCUCGUGCAACUGAUACUGGGAAUGCUGCUUCCGCAUUACUUUCCAUUCCAGAUGAUGUUCAUGACGAGGAGCCUGAAUCUAGGGAGAGAACUUUUGAAGACCUAAGAGGAGAUGUGUUGAAACUAGCCACAAUUAUAAACCAAUCAAAUAAUAAAUGGGAGAUGAUUAGGGAUGUCUGGAUGGAGAUGCUUUCCUAUGCAGCAAUUUCAAGUCAGCACAUUAAUCACGUUAAGCAGUUAGGAGAAGGCAUUGAAUUCCUCUCAUUCAUCUGGCUUGCCGCAGGCCUUGGCAUCAUCCUUAAUGUCCUUGGAAUGUAGUAGUGUGACCAACAUCUGCAAGCUUGGCGGCCUUAUGUCUCAUGUUUGAAUUACAUACUUCAAGAAGUGGCAACGCAAUUUAUGUCACUUCCUAAAUAAAUUUGUAUUUGGUAU